UGUAAAUCCGUGAUUAAAUAAUAUUACAGUAUCACAAGGUACCUAUUAGACAUACCUACCUAUUAAAUUUAAAAUAUUAAAUACUUCAAUUUGAUUUGAGCGUUUCAUUAUUCACAUAAUGGUAAGCAUACAUUUAUAUUUUAUAUUAAUAUUUUAUCCAAUAUUACACAAUAUUUUGUUACAGCUUCCUCUUGGAUUGUUAAAAGCUGUUCAGGGCUUGCCAUUGGUAAAUAUACGUACACAUAAUAUCUACUUAAACUAUUUUAAUAAUAUGCUUAAACAAUAUACUUCUGAUCCAUUGUCGGAUCUACUGGUGGAUAUAAGUGUUAUAUUCCCCAACGGUGCUAAAAUUUUAUAACAAAUAGUCAAGAAAAUUAAUUUCUUUUUGUAUACAAUUAUAUAUUGUACAAUUUUUUAUAUAUAUUCCCAGAAAAGAAUAAUAUAUGUUUAAAUUAAAAUUUAGAAUAAUUACAAGUUUAUCAUGUAUAAAAACCAAUUGAUGUGUUACAUUUGUAAAUUUUAGGUUAAAGAAGGAUUUUUAGAUUCUGAGGGCAGGAAGAAAUGUAUCUAUUAAAUUUAUAAUGAUGUGUAUUUUUUUUUUAAAUUUCUUUGUGUUAGUGAACAAUUUUUCUCCUAAAUAUCUUACUCCAAUUUUCAAGUGUAGUACCAUUAGUAGAACAAAUUUUAUCCAAUUAGAAUGGAAGGUAGUUUUUAAUUUUUCUUGUAGUGUUAUUUAUAAUUAUUGGGAAAAUCUAAUAGUUUCCAGAAAUAAUGAUUUAUCCUUAACUAAUAAAAAAAACUUAUAGUUAUAAAAUAUUUUACUUCCAAGUUAUAAUAAGGAAGAUAAGGUUUUUGUAACAAUCAGUAUUAAUUUAAAAUAUUUCUGUAAAAAUAAAUUUUGUUUUUAAUAGCACUUUUUUUAAAACAAAAAUGUUUGUUGUAAUUUUUUUUUAAUGAAACGUUUCUAUUUUUUUUUUUAUUAUUACUAUACCAAUAAUAAAAUAUUAUUUAGAAAUAAAUCUAAGUGUGUGAACCACAAAAUUAGACAAUCAGGCAUAAGGUGAUAUUUUAAAUUAUAAUCUAUUUUUAUCUAUAUUAUAAUCUAUUUGUGUACAUCUAUAAUUAAUAUAAUAUUAAGACUACAAAUUUUUUAUAGUUAUUGGAAUUAAAAAAUGGUGAAACCUACAAUGGCAUUUUGGUUGCAUGUGAUAGUUGGAUGAAUAUCAAAUUGAAAGAAGUGGUUUGCACAUCUGCAGUAUGUAUUAUAUUAUAAUAUAACACAAAUUCUUAUACAGAUAGUUAAUGAUAGAGAUUAAAUUAUUUGAAUUAAUUAUUAAAAUCAAUUUGAUUAAUUAUUUGAUUUUUUUUUAAAUGUAUUUUCACUUUAUUUAUGUAAAAAAACUUAAAUACUUUAAAACUAUCGAAUUUCAUAAAUUAUUUUCUACUCUAUUAUUUUAAUUUUAUAUAGUUAGGGAUUUCAUUAUUAAUACUUGCUACAAGCCUUAGUGAUGUAUACUACUUAGAUACAGUUAAUGCAUUGGUUACUGACUAAUGUACCUGUAAGUAAUGUAAAAAAAUACAUAUAUUAAACAAAAUAAUAUAAACCUUUAUUCAAAAUAUCUAUUCAAUUUUAACAACAGAUAGGUAGUACCCCAGGAACAGGGGUGGCCUUAUAUCAAACUUUACAAAAAAAAAUACCUAUUAUAUUAUUAACUAUUACACACAUACAAUUGUGUAGUUAGAGGUAACUACUAUUAUUACUUUGAGGUAUAAUAUAAAAAAGCUCUCCUAGGGUAAUGGGGCUGGGUGCAGCAACUGUUGUUGAGAGAAGUUGGACAUGUAAGAUAUAGAGAAGAAAUUAAUUUAUGUCUAGAAGCAACAUUAAACCACUGCUUACUAAAAACAAUUCUAAACACAGUUCAGUUGAUAAUGAUGUUUUGUCAACAAUAUAUGUGUCAUUUUAUGGUAAAAUAAUUAAAUAGGCAUUAUAUAUUUUCUUCAGUCAUAUUUGUUUAGUAUUUUUCUAGUUUUCUCAGUUUUCCUAAGUUUUUCCUGGUUUUCCCAUGCCCCCCUUUUUCGCAUUUGAUGAAAGAUCUCCUUAGAAAAUCGAAAAAUGACUUGCCUAAAGUUUAAUUACUUAUAUAAUUAAUUUAAUUUUCUAAAUUUGCAGUCUUUAAAAGAUAGAAAGCACAAAUACUAUGCCUCUUUUCUUUAUAAAUUAAUGAAUAACAACAUUGACGAUUCUUUAAUAUGUAACUUUAUUAACUUUAAAGUCAACCCUCAUAAUACUCAUAACAGAGAUCUAUUCUAUAUUGCAUUAAAAUAAAAAUUAUUUACCUUGCUCACCUUUAAAUAUUUAAAUGUCUACUGGUAAUAACCUUAUCAAUGAAAUUAUAUUUUUAUAUAUCUAUUCUCUACUAAUUUAUUUGUAUUAUUAUUUUUUUUCUAUGUUAUUUUAUACCAAUGUUAUGUUAUCACAAUUGUAAGUUUGUGUACCUGCUAUUUAUAUCACUUUUGUAAUUUUAUUAUAAUUGGAAAUUUAAAUCCAUAUAAAUAAAUAAAUAAAUAUAUUGAAAUUAUUUUCAAAAUUACCUAAUAAACUAAAAUUUAUUUUAGGAUGGAGAUAAUUUUAUAAAGCUUCCAGAGUGUUUCAUUAGGGGUUGUAAGAUUAAAUACAUGCAAAUCCCAGAUGAAGUGUUUAAUAUGGUAUUAGACGACCAGAAAAACUACAGUUCCAACCAAGGUAUAGUAAUUUUUAUAUUUAAUAAUAUGUAUUGUGUAUUAAAAUUGACUACAAUGUUUUAUAUUAUUAUUGCUAUGACUACAUUUAAAAAAAGUUAACCUAAUUAAGUAUGUUAGGUAAUUACUUAAAUAAGUAUAUGAGUGUUUUAUUUUUUAUUUUAGGACAUCAUGGAAAAGGUGGUGGCAAUAAUAAAAAUUAUCGCAGUGCAAGAUCAUUCAAUAGAGGUGGCACAAUUAAAAAUGCAAUAACUAUGAAUUAAGUAAUACAUUUAAUAAAGUAGAUAUUAAAAAUACUAUUGAAGAAUGAAAAUAAUGGUAAUUUAUUUAAAACUAAGAUUAUAUUUCUAAUCUGAUGAAAUUAGUGAUAUACAAAUAGCUUAUUCAGUUUUGGUAUCUUUGUAAGGGUACUUAUUUUAAUUUAAUUUUUUUCCCAAAGAGUUUCUUUUUUUUAUGACCUCA